AUGGACGGUCAGCGAGAGGACGAUGAGGCAGGGCUGGCUGCGAACGCGUCAGGAGCAGGAUGGGAUACCGAGGCAUCCGGCUCCACUCCACGCGCGCAAAGACGUACGGUACGCUAUAGCGUGUCGCCUUCGCCGCUCAGGAAAACGGGGACCGCGAUCAAAUCUGUGUCGCGUAACCUGCGUCGCGCCUCGCUCCGUGUUGUCAACCUGGCCGGCCAAGGACUGGAGAGCCAGAUACGCCUCCCCGACGGGAAUGGAGACGAGCCCGCGUCGGCAGCGCAGCAGAAGCAGGAGCAGGACGAUGCGUACGACGACCAGAUCCCCGACCUUACAAAGGCGCUACCGAUCCGCGGACGGACGUUGGGAUUCCUCGGGACUGAUAGCAAGCUGCGGCUUAAUUUCUAUCGCAUGCUCGUGUACCCGUGGACCGAGCCAUUCAUCCUCCUUCUCAUCAUCAUCAACGCUGUGGUCCUCACCAUCCAAGCCUCCCGCUCCCUUACAUUGAGUGACGACGACGACACACCCGCUCCCGUCACCGGCUACUUCCAUUCAUGGGAGGAUUACGCCCUCUUCGGUCUCUUCGUCUUCUAUACCGUCGAAGCCUUUGCACGCAUAUGUGUUUCUGGUUUUCUUCUCGACCCCGAAAUCCCCACAUCAUCAUUGUUCACAUCCCCAUUCACGUCUGACGAACCGCAACCCGUUGCGCCAACAAGCAACCUUGCUGCUCUUGCGCGGGCAAACUCCAUCGCCUCCCAACACCAGUCUCAUGGGCCUCUAACUCGGGGGCUUUCGAUCACGCAGCGAAUCAAACGGUUGAACCGCAAUCUCGCGCGUCCAUUCGCCCUUGCAGCAGGGACGUCAAUAGAAUCGCAACACCCAGCCGAGAUAGAUGGUCCCCAGUCGCGGAAUAAGCCAGAAGAAGCGGGAGUCACCACUACCACGCCUGUGACCGAGAAGAUCAAGGCCGUCGCGCAGGGCUUUCGCGAGCCCAAGUUCUUCAAGAAAGAGUCCGAUGCCAUAUCCUUGCCGUUUCGCCUUAGCGUUACCGUUGCGCACGAGAAGACGUAUAGGAACCUGCCGUACCUUCGACAGAGCUGGAACCGGAUCGACAUGCUGGCCAUCGUUGGCUUCUGGGUCUCGUUCUUAUUGGCGAUAUUGGGCUUGGAGCGCGGGGAGCACCAUAUUGGAAUUUUCCGCGCGCUGAGCGUGAUCAGGACGGCCAGACUUUUGGCUAUCACGUCGGGUACUACGACUAUCAUGCACUCACUCAAGACCGCACGUCCGCUGCUGACCAGCGUGGCGUACUUUGUACUUUUCGCGGGCAUGCUCUUUUCUAUUAUUGGCGUUCAGUCGUUCAGCGGGUCUUUGCGGCGCGCAUGCUACCUCCAGCCGGUCCUUGGUGAAGACGAAAUGCAGCUAGACGAUACGACAUGCGGGGGCUACGUUGAUCCGGACACCCUCAACGAGGUUCCCUAUAUAAUGCAAGAUGGCCAACAUUCGAAUACGGUGAAGGGCUACGUGUGUCCUCUUGGACAGAUUUGUCGGGAAUCCGAUCACAAUCCCUACAGCAACAUCGAGAGCUUCGACACCAUAUACUAUGCGGCACUGCAGGUCACAAUCGUGGCGUCUGCGAAUGGUUGGACCCCACUUAUGUACAACAUGAUCGACUCGGAGUACUUCGUGUCGUGCUUCUUCUUCAUCAUCUGCGUCAUCGUCCUCAACUUCUGGCUCAUCAAUCUCUUCGUCGCUGUUAUCACGAACACGUUCGCUGCUAUCAGAAAGGAGACAAAGCAUUCUGCUUUUGGCGCGGCACCCCUUCGCCCGAUCGCCGACGACGACGAGGAUGGCUGGGCAGGUCACGAAGGCCGACGAGGUCGCAUGACCAACCCAGCGAAGACCAUCUACGAGUAUACUCGUUAUGUAUGGGUUCUCCUCGCUCUCGCCUCUCUUAUUCUGCAAGCAUCACGUACAACAGAGGCUGGAGAAGCGCACUCGCAGGUGCUUUACUAUGGCGAGCUGGGCAUCACCAUCGCGUUCGACGUGGAGAUUGGCCUGCGCGUGCUUGCGACUCUACCGGACUGGCGCGAUUUCUUCCGCCACGGACAGAACUGGCUUGACACGGCGAUUGCGGUGGUUUCGACCAUCAUUCAGAUCCCUGCAAUCCAUAAUAGCGCGUUGUAUCCGUGGUUCACGGCUGUGCAGCUGAUGCGGUUCUACCGGGUGAUCUUGGUCGUGCCCAGGAUGAAGCCUUUGCUGCUCGCUGUGUUCGGGAACAUGUACGGUCUGGCCAACAUGACGCUGUUCCUCAUCCUGGUCAACUUCAUUGCGGCGUUGUUCGCACUGCAGCUGCUGCGCGGAGACGUGUCAGGGGACAACACCAUCAACUUCGGCCAGCUCUUCAACGCGUUCUUGGGCAUCUACCAGGUAUUCUCGAGCGAGAAUUGGACGGAUGUGCUCUAUACUGCGACGGACUCGGAGAUGCCCCUCGGACAAGCGGCCGUCGUCGCGCUAUUCGUGACAGUGUGGCUACUCUUUGCAAACUUUAUCAUACUGCAGAUGUUCAUCGCCGUCAUCAACGAGAACUUCGACGUCGCCGAAGAGGCCAAGUUGAGCAAGCAGGCAUCCAAUUACUGGGCUAGCCACCAGCCCGAACGACACCAAGCGAGCUGGUUCCGACGACUGAAUCCGUACCGAUGGGUGAGGGCGAACCCCGUCAAAGUGAAGGUUGAGAAUCUGCCGUCAAACCUUGUGCUGCCGAUGCAAAAGGCGCUUGUGCAAGACUACACGGUUGGCACGUCGGAUACUCGCUCGGUCAUGGACAGAAGCAUCAAGGGUAGCAUACGAGGCAAGAAACACUACCCCUCCAAGUCGCUAUCAGCCCUCCAGAAGCUCUUCGCGGGAGAUACCGCAUCCAACGAUGUGCCCAUGUCAACUCUGAAGCACGCGCGCUCCGAGACCCUCGCCGCGCUGAAUGAGCAGGACGACGAAGCCGAGCGACAUCUCGAGCUUCUCGCAGCGGUCAACACGGAUAACACUGCGGCUGAGGAUAUGAACGACGCGCUGUACGAACGCAAAGCCCAGAAGGCCGACUUCAUUCGUGAUCAUCCGACGUACGAUAAAACCUUCUGGCUGUUUUCGCAAAAGAACCCUCUGCGUCGGUGGUGCCAGAAAGUCGUGGAGCCGGCCAAUGGAGAGCGCAUAUUCGGCCAAUCGCCAUCGCCUAUAGCCCAUCCAAUCUUUCAGCUCAUACUGCUCCUGGCGGUGGCUGGCGGUAUCGCAGUGGAGAUUGUAGCCACGCCUCUAUACCGACGCGACUACUAUGCGGUCAAUGGGCAGAUUCGCGGCAGCUGGUUCGACAUCUGCGAGGCUGCCUUCGGCUUUACACUCGUAAUCGAGUUCUGUGUCAAGAUCAUCGCGGACGGCUUUCUCUUCACGCCCAACGCCUACAUCCGGAGCAUUUGGAACAUCCUGGACUUCUUCAUUAUGAUUGGGGUGUUGCUCAAUGUCAUCACCGGGCUCAUCUUCAUAGGAGGUCUGUCCCGCUUUACUCGCUCACUCAAGGCCCUGCGAGUGCUGCGACUGGUGACACUCAUCGAGAAGAUGCGAAGCACAUUCCAGAGCUUGAUCAUCUCUGGCGCGACCCGUAUCUUCGACGCCGCCGUCCUUGCCAUCCUGUACAUGAUUCCGUACGCCGUGUGGGGUCUCAACAUGUUUUCCGGGAAGAUGAACACCUGCAACGACGAGGAUGUGGACGGCAUGGCGGACUGCAUCGGCGAGUACACAACGACGGCAGUGGGGGAUUCGUUUGGUUUUCUGGCACCACGGUCAUGGGACAACCCGGCACCAUCGACGGUGUUUUCUUUCGACUCGUUCCCGGCGUCCCUCCUCAUUCUCUUUGAGAUUGUGUCCCUCGAAGGGUGGACGGAUGUAAUGGGAGUGGCCAUGAGCAUCACCGGAGAGAACUCUCAACCGCAGACGAACGCGUCACAGGUCAACGCUCUCUUCUUCAUAAUCUACAACCUGCUCGGCGGCGUUGUGAUCCUCACCCUCUUCGUCAGUAUCAUCAUCGGCAACUUCAGUUCAAAGACGGGGUCUGCCUUCCUGACGAAGCCCCAAAGGGAAUGGAUCGAUUUGCAGAAGCUCUUCAAGCGUCAGCGACCUUCUAAACGACCGAAGAAACCUCCAACAUGGGCUGUCCGUCGAUGGUGCUUCGACCGGGCCACUCAGAAGCACGGAUGGUGGUCGAGAUCGAUGACCUUUCUCUUCUUUCUCCACAUCGUCGCCUUGAUGACUCAGAGCUACACUCGCGCCAAUGUCACGGACACGAUCCGAAACGACUUCUUCCUGGCCAUCACCUUCAUCUAUAUCAUCGACGUGCUCGUCCGCUUCAUUGGUCUAGGGUGGUUGAGCUUUCGCGCCAACGGAUGGAACAUCUUCGACAUUAUCGUCGCCGUCGGCAGCUUCAUCACCACGCUCAUCGUCCGCUUCGGGGAGAGCGGCUUCGUUACGCAACAACUGCAGAAGCUCUUUCUCGUCAGCAUCGCCUUCAAGCUCGUGCAGAGGACCAAUAGUCUCAACAAGUUGUUUAAGACCGCUGUCUCGAGUUUGCCUGUCAUCCUGAGCCUGUUGGGUCUCUGGUUCAUCCUGUUCAUCUUCUUCGCCAUCCUCUUCGUCGAGGUGUUCAGUAUGACGAAGUGGGGAUCUGGUGAAAGUCGGGAUCAGAACUACAUGUCUGUUGGGAGCGCGCUGGUUAUGCUUGCCUUCAUGAGUACCGGAGAAGGCUGGAAUCAGUACAUGCACGAUUACGCUGUCGUGUAUCCGCGAUGUACGAAUUCCGGCUCCGAGGGCGAGUCCGACUGCGGCAGUGUGGGAUGGGCGUUCGUACUUUUCAUCGCGUGGAACCUGUUGAGCAUGUAUAUCUUCCUGAACAUGUUCACUGGUGUGGUCGUCGAGAACUUUUCGUACGUUUUCCAAACCACGACCGGCGGCGCCAAGUCGGUCACUCGUGAGGAGAUGCGCGCGUUCAAGAAGAUUUGGGCCCAGUACUCGAAUCCGAAGACCGGGUACCUGGAGAAGCAGAACUUCGUUCCAUUUUUCGGGAAACUCAGUGGCAUCUUCGAAGUCCGCAUCUACCCUCAGCAGUACAGCAUCCCUAACAUCAUCAACGCCGCCAAGGAGUCGUCGAACUCGGAGUACGCCUGGCCGUCGCUCGUAGUGGACGGCAUCGACAUAGGCAAGCUCAACAAGGUUCUGAACGAGAUUGACUAUGCGGCGAUCCGGAGGAGACGGGUAAUCUACAGUCGACUGUAUCACGAGGCGAGCAUAUCACACCAUGGAAGGGGGAUAUCCUUCACGGAUAUGCUGCUGCUGCUUGCGCACCACAAGUUGAUCGUCGACAGGGAGGCUUUGGUUUUGAAGGAUCUCGUCAAGCGGACCGAGACCAACAAGCUGGUCACCGACCUCGUCAACCUAGAUCGCGUACGGUCCUUGUUGAAGACGAUCACGUACAGGCGACGCUUCCUGGCGCACAAGCGACAGCUGCAAGCCGAGCGGUAUUCGCAGCAGGACAUCCCGUCCAUCGUUGUCGACACCCUGCCCACAACGCCACCAAGUUCCUCACGCGACAUCGCGUCCGCUCUCCAAGAUACGCCGGGCAGCCCGAGCCCCAGCCAAAGACGGUUCAACAGCGUGCAGGACCCGCGCUUUGGUUCGGGGGCGCUCGAUGGCAGGUGGAGCAUAUCCGACCGGCAGAGCACGUUCAGCGCAACGCCCGACGUGUCUCUGGCGUUGGAGGGCGGGCCGGGCUUGCAGCGCAGUCGCGGCGGGCCACGGUGGACCAGCGAUACAAGCUUCUUGUCGGGUGAUCUGGGCUACCUGACGCGCGACUCUGUGUCCGUAGACGAGGAUCCGCAAGGCGUGAUUAAUGCGAUGCAGAACUCGAUGUGGGGCGAUAUGCUUGACGAAGCUGCUGAGGAGGAAGAAGAGAAGCGAUAG